CGAACUCCAGCACAGGAGUCCCAGGCCGCCGCUAGCACCGCCGUGACACCUAGCCGAGAAGAUCCGCGGGCGAGCGCAGCCCACGUAUGAGCCGGAGAGGUCGGGUCGCCCUAGUGAAGUCGGACUUCGAUUCUUUCUCAAGUUGAGCCUUAGUGAUCUUGUGGCUGAAGUUAGUACUUUGACAGUGGGACAUCCCAACACGUCGCCGGGAGUGACUCUUGGUCUCCGUUCAGCAGUUGCGACUACCAAAACCUGUUUUUAGAGACCGAAACCCUCCAGCCGGGCGCGCCAUCGUGUGCUUUCUUUGUGUGCCUCCCGGACUCACCAAUCCCGGCCGGGCCGCCAAGCCCAGGUACAAAGCGGUCCGACCGCGCGGCUCUCCUAACCCCGCACGCGCUCCGGCCUCGGUUUCCCAACUCUGUUCCGUCGGGAGUUGGCAGGAUGAUUGCCUCACAUCUGCUCGCCUACUUCUUUACGGAGCUCAACCACGACCAAGUGCAGAAGGUUGACCAGUAUCUCUACCACAUGCGUCUUUCUGAUGAAACUCUUCUGGAGAUUGCUAAGCGUUUUCGCAAGGAGAUGGAGAAAGGGCUUGGAGCCACCACUCACCCUACGGCUUCAGUAAAAAUGCUGCCUACUUUUGUGAGGUCUACUCCAGACGGAACAGAACAUGGAGAGUUCCUGGCUCUGGACCUUGGAGGGACCAACUUCCGUGUGCUUUGGGUAAGAGUAACAGACAAUGGACUCCAGAAGGUUGAGAUGGAGAACCAGAUCUAUGCCAUCCCCGAGGACAUCAUGCGAGGCAGUGGCACCCAGCUGUUUGAUCACAUUGCUGAAUGCCUGGCCAACUUCAUGGAUAAGCUACAAAUCAAAGAUAAGAAGCUCCCUUUGGGUUUUACCUUCUCGUUUCCCUGCCUCCAAACAAAACUAGACGAGAGUUUCCUGGUCUCGUGGACCAAGGGGUUCAAGUCCAGUGGUGUGGAAGGGAAAGAUGUGGUUACUCUGAUCCGGAAGGCCAUCCAGAGGAGAGGGGACUUUGAUAUUGAUAUUGUGGCUGUAGUGAAUGAUACCGUUGGGACCAUGAUGACCUGUGGCUAUGAUGACCAGAACUGUGAGAUUGGUCUCAUCGUGGGCACGGGCAGCAACGCUUGCUACAUGGAAGAGAUGCGCCAUAUCGACACGGUGGAGGGCGACGAGGGCCGGAUGUGUAUCAAUAUGGAGUGGGGGGCCUUUGGGGAUGAUGGCGCGCUUGAUGACAUCCGUACGGAGUUUGAUCAGGAGAUCGACAUGGGCUCUCUGAACCCUGGGAAGCAACUAUUUGAAAAGAUGAUCAGUGGAAUGUACAUGGGGGAACUGGUGAGGCUUAUCCUGGUGAAGAUGGCCAAGGAGGAGCUGCUUUUUGGGGGGAAGCUCAGCCCUGAACUUCUUGCCACAGGCCAUUUUGAGACCAAAGAUGUUUCAGAUAUUGAAGGGGAGAAGGAUGGCAUCCGGAAGGCCCGUGAGAUCCUGGUGCGCCUGGGCCUGGACCCGACACAUGAGGACUGCGUGGCCACUCAUCGGGUCUGCCAGAUCGUGUCCACACGCUCGGCCAGCCUGUGCGCGGCCACACUGGCGGCCGUGCUGCGGCGCAUCAAGGAGAACAAAGGCGUGGACCGGCUGCGCUCCACUGUCGGGGUCGACGGCUCGGUCUACAAGAAGCACCCCCACUUUGCCAAGCGUCUUCACAAGACCGUGCGGCGCCUGGUGCCUGACUGUGACGUCCGCUUCCUCCGCUCUGAGGAUGGCAGUGGCAAGGGGGCAGCCAUGGUGACGGCAGUGGCCUAUCGGCUGGCCGAUCAGCACCGAGCCCGCCAGAAGACCCUGGAGUCUCUGAAGCUGAGCCGUGAGCAGCUGCUGGAGGUCAAGAGGAGGAUGAAGAUAGAAAUGGAGCGAGGUCUGCGCAAGGAGACUCACGCCAUUGCUCCCGUCAAGAUGCUGCCCACCUACGUGUGUGCCACCCCUGAUGGCACAGAGAAAGGCGACUUCCUGGCCUUGGACCUUGGGGGUACCAAUUUCCGGGUCCUGCUGGUGCGUGUACGGAACGGGAAGCGACGUGGGGUGGAGAUGCACAACAAGAUCUACUCUAUCCCACAGGAGGUCAUGCAUGGCACAGGGGACGAGCUCUUCGACCACAUCGUCCAGUGCAUUGCAGACUUCCUGGAGUACAUGGGCAUGAAGGGUGUGUCCCUGCCUCUAGGUUUCACUUUCUCCUUCCCCUGCCAGCAGAACAGCCUGGACGAGAGCAUCCUCCUGAAGUGGACUAAAGGCUUCAAGGCGUCUGGCUGCGAGGGUGAGGACGUAGUUAUGCUGCUGAAGGAAGCCAUCCACCGGCGAGAGGAGUUUGACCUGGACGUGGUUGCCGUGGUGAAUGAUACAGUUGGGACUAUGAUGACCUGUGGCUAUGAAGACCCUCACUGUGAAGUCGGCCUCAUUGUUGGCACAGGCAGCAAUGCCUGCUACAUGGAGGAGAUGCGGAAUGUUGAGCUGGUGGAAGGGGAAGAGGGGCGGAUGUGUGUCAACAUGGAGUGGGGGGCCUUCGGGGACAACGGAUGCCUCGAUGACUUGCGCACAGAAUUUGAUGCAGCUGUGGAUGAACUUUCCCUCAACCCUGGCAGACAGAGGUUUGAGAAAAUGAUCAGCGGCAUGUACUUGGGCGAGAUUGUUCGUAACAUCCUCAUCGAUUUCACCAAGCGUGGGCUGCUCUUCCGUGGCCGCAUCUCAGAGCGGCUCAAGACAAGGGGAAUCUUUGAAACCAAGUUUCUGUCUCAGAUUGAGAGUGACUGCCUGGCCCUGCUGCAGGUCCGGGCCAUCCUCCACCACUUAGGGCUCGAGAGCACGUGCGAUGACAGCAUCAUCGUCAAGGAGGUGUGCACCGUGGUGGCUCGCCGGGCAGCCCAGCUCUGCGGUGCGGGCAUGGCCGCCGUAGUGGACAAAAUACGAGAAAACCGUGGGCUGGACACCCUCAAAGUGACCGUGGGUGUGGACGGGACCCUCUACAAGCUACAUCCUCACUUUGCCAAAGUCAUGCAUGAGACGGUGAAGGACUUGGCUCCAAAAUGCGAUGUGUCCUUCCUGGAGUCAGAAGACGGCAGUGGGAAGGGGGCAGCUCUCAUCACUGCUGUGGCCUGCCGCAUCCGAGAGGCUGGACAACGGUAGAGCCCCUGCAAUUGGAAGGACUUUCUCUGGCUUUCCUCCUUUCCUGCUUUAAAUUAUAAGAUGCCAUUCCCCUUGUGUCAGAAACAGACCCCUAGGCUUUUCCUUGGCAGAGAGGACCUCAUUGGACUAGGUUUUGUCUCUGUCUACUCAAUGUAGAGUUUGGUACCCAAGCCUUGGCUCUCCUGAGAUAAAUACAAUUUGUUCACACUUUUCACAACCGUUACCAUUGAUUUUCUUAAAACUCGAAAAAAAGAUUUAAUCUUUAGUAAUCCCCCUGGCCAAAUUCCAUGCCCCUGUAUAAUCCUACAGGAUGGGAACAAUAAUAAAAAAAUAUGUUUGCUUCACCUUGAAGCCUGACCAUGACAUUUCUAUAUGGAAAGCAUCCCCCAGCUUGAAGGUUGGUGCUAUUUCUCCUCUCAGAGAGCUGAGAGGUCUCCACUGACUUGAGCCUGAUUCUCCCAUAGGCAGGGAGGAGGGGCGGCAAUGGAGGGGAAGUCCAUGGAUAGCCACCCUCGUCAACCUCAUCUAUAAUCAUUUGCCUAGUGGGUUCCAGUGGAUGCUGUCCCUGGAAUCAAAGCAUCCUGAGUCUGAUCAAGCAAAACCAAAGCCUAGAGUCCUGGGAGUAGGUUCACAGGUCAUCAAUAAGCAGUGGACCUUUGGGGGCGGGAAGACUUUUUGGUCUGUUUUAAAAUUUUUUCCUGCAGAAGUGGAAACACUGUAUUUUCAUUUUAAUUUAUAUUUGAAAUGUAUUUAGUUCAUGAAGUACAUCUGCUCCUUCAUCUUGACACUGUAUGAUCCUUUAUAUGUAAUGUAUUUAUAUGUUCAUUUGUUAUGUCUAUAAAUAGACAGGGUCUCAAUAGAUCAAUGUAGUUAAAGGAUGGAAGAUGAAGAUAUAGUUACUAGAAAUACCUCAUUCAUAUGCAGGAAGAGAAGGAAAACAUCAUUAAAGUGAGUGAACGGUCAAGCAGCUCCUCCUUUCCCUGCAGACUCAGAAACUUGGAAGGUGUCUAGGGAUAGCGUGAAGAGGGUUGGGACUGUGGACUGAAGAAACCACACCAACUAAUUGCUCAGUCUAGAAACUUUUCUGGCACAAUAUUACAUGAGAUGUUAACAAAGGAAACAGGAAUCAUUUCAAAUAAACUGCUUAGCAAUCUUCAGUCUUAGGGCAGUUGGUAGUAUUUUAAACCUCUCUAACAAGAUAAAGGAAGUCACCAAAAAUAUUUGCAAAAUGGUCUAAUUUUUGAUAGCAAACCAAAACCAAACUGUUAAUUAAACAUACAAAACUUCAGGGACAACAUGUUUGGCAGAUUUGUACCCUUCUAGCAAAUUUCACCUUGGGUUUGUUUUGUAAAUGUUCUACAAGAGGUAUUGUCCACAGACUUCUAGGCUAAGCUGUUUUUACAAGAAGUAUUUAUUUCAAACUGCUUGGGUAGAGAGGGAAAGGGACCUAAAACCUUCCUUACCCUACUUUUUAUAGUGCAGUUAAUCCUGAAUCUGAGAGCCCACUUCUGCCCUAAAAUAUUAAAUCAUUUUAAUAUUUUUAUUAAACCCAUAUACUUCAUAAUAAAGAGGGGAAGGCCUUUUAACAAUGUUGAGUAGGAUACAAGGAUCAAACAAAAAUGGAACGACACAACUCAAAGCACCCAAAUUUUGCACAUUUAUCAAACUUGUAGUGAGAACAGUGUCUAGAUUUGUGUAUCACUAAGGGAUGCCCAAGAAAUAGAAGUGAACUUUAACUUUUAAACUUGAAAAAUUAGGCACCAUCUAUGAAAUUGCACAUUUUUAAAAGGUAGAGCUGUGUGUGUGGCUUCUAAAAUGGAACGCUGGAAAAUGUGUUUUGAAUGGUUGUGUUCCCAGUUAGGUAAUAGUUCCUUGCUGACGCUGCUUUGCCUGUGUAAGUAUAUUGACUCAAUCUAUGACUGCGAUGUACUCAGUAGCAGAUCAUCUCAAACCCUUGAGCACUCAGUCUAGUGAAGAUGUUGUCAUGUACAAUAAAGAACUAGUCGGAUUAACUGUGUGAUGUUAACUAUUAUUAAUAAAUUUUAACAUUUUUCAAAUA